AUGGCAAACCAAUGGCCAAGAUAUGAUGAGUUGGAUAGCUCUAAUCUACAAGAUUCUUUCCAAUUGGCUCGUGAAUUCGAAUUACAUUGCGUCAAAGUCUUCGAUCAUGCUGCGAGACACCCAAGCGAUGCUGCCUCGGCUGACUAUGUGAUGCAAUUUGCAGCACAAGCCUACCAGGCUGUUCACAGCUUGUACAUACAAAGGCUUUCAUCUUCAUAUUGGGAUUUGAAGGUAGCGACUUCCGAGUUAGAAAGCAGGGCAAUCGAUUACAGGGAAGGCCGCGAGUCUCUGAUUCCUAAUAAUACACACCCUUGCAAGGUCCCUCCUCCCCUGGACCACCAAGAGAAGGAAAAUCUGGCAAUCGACGUAAACGAGACUAUUCCCCCUAGCGAUAUCGGAAAAGAGGAAUGUUACGAAGAACAGGAGGAGGAGGAAUCAGAAGACGACGAUGAUUGGGAGGAAUCCGAAGAGGAAACGGACGACGAGUACUACGAAUAUUACGAAGGGUCGGAUGCGGACUCAGAACUCGAAGAGUUGGCUACUGUCGAUACACAUAAUAUUGCCACUCAUUCUUCAGCGAAAGACCCGGUCGAGGACCAUAAAAUUCCCCAUAUCGUCAGCACAAGCGAGAGAGCACUUCCAAAAGACCCGACUCCACCAUCUACAACUUCGAUCCUUCAAGACCAAGCGAUGCACGACCGGAUUACUGCUGCCCUACAGCAAAUAUUCAUCCCACUCGAAGAUCCAAAUCAGACCUCCCUAGAACGAACCGAAACUCAAACCACACACACAUCCCACCCACCUGUAUAUACUAUCACACCCCCUGUCACACCCCCCGCAGACGAUACUCAAAGCGAAGCCACAGCCGCGCAAACGCAAUCAAAUCAGGAAUCUGCACAAGAAGCUUCCGCAAUAAACCGAAAAAGCUUUGAUGCCGGUCCCCUUCAUCGCAAGCUAACGAGUGGUUCCCCGAAUGGAAUGCCUCGGAGAUUGAAGACCGUUUGUUAUAAAUAUAUUCGGAGGGCCAUGGUGCCUAUUCGGGGGAAGACUCAAUGA